AUGAGUCCCCGAAUCUGCUGGCUUUGCAACAUCUUCAGAGAUGGCACAAAUGGAAUCGCUUCAAAAGUAAGUCUGGAGGAAGUGCUGCAGUGGUCUCAGUCUUUUGAAAAACUAAUGGCUACUAAAUAUGGGCCUAUUGUCUACAAAGCCUACCUGAAGACUGAAUACAGCGAUGAGAACAUUGAAUUCUGGUUUGCUUGUGAAAAGUACAAGAAGAUUGUAUCGCAGAGGAAAAGAAUGUCAGUGGCACAGAAACUUUUCAAGGAAUAUAUACAGCCUCAGGCUCCGAGGGAGAUUAACAUGGAUAGUCGAGCAAGAGAAGCUGUUAUCUCAAACAUUCAAGAAGCAACACAGUCCUGUUUCAAUGAAGCCCAGAAAAUUGUUUACUUGCACAUGGAAAGGGAUUCCUACCCGAGGUUUCUUGGUUCAGAAAUCUAUCGAAACCUUUUCCUUACGCUUUCAACCAGACAGAAACCACUGGUGUCUAUGAAAGAGGGAGAAUGAGAACUCGGAAGGGGCCAUUUUCAUCAUCUGCUUUUGAGCCUUAUCAUAAACAAGAGAAAAUCAAGACACUAACGGAACAUGCAUACAACACAGAUGAAUCUUGUCAUGUUUUAACUUAGCACAGGUAAUAUUGAACUGAACCAUACAAAUCAAAUGUAAAAAAAAUAAUGUCAAUAGCAGCAUGAUUUGUUUAUAUUUCAGGGGUGGGGCAGCAACUUUGGAAUAACCAUAGUCUCUCUGAACAAACCAACCAAAUUUCACAUUAGCACUUAGUAUCAGA